GCGGGAGCCAGGCUGACGGGGCCUUUGGGGAGCAGAGCCUGGCCGGUUGCUGGGGGUGCCUGGCCGGCUGGGGAGCCGGGAACACACCCCGGGCAAAGCCGCGGGCUGGUCGUUAUGGUAAAGGUGUCCAUUGGCCGGUAGGAGAGGCUCCAGAAUGGGCCUGGCCUGCGAGCCCCUACUGGGAUGUCCCAUGCCGCCCUCAGCAGGGCUUUCACGGCGGAAAGGAGUCAGCAGGCCAUGUAUGGACAUCUCUUGGAGGUUUGCGGUUGCUCCUUGAGCCAUCAACUGCCCCCCGAAAGGCAUCUGAGGGACCUGCGGUCCUAGGUGCGCAGUAUGGCUUGAUUCAUGGGCCAGGCCAACUUGUAAGUACAUGCCCUCGGUACCGGACCCAAGGUGUCCUGUCUUCUAGCCCAUUGCUCUUCCUACCUGCUUGAGUUCAACCGCUCUUCCCAGUGGACUUUGCAUCUCAUGUUUCUCAGGACAGUGACCCUCGGGGUUUGGACAUCCUACGGCUUUCAGAUCUUGCUUUCAGGACUUGCUAAGAGUGUCUAGUUCAGGGACCUUCCGUUUCAGUUAGGAGUUCCCCACCCCAGCUUCUCUCUCCUGCUUUACAUUUCGCGUGGCCUCACUAUCCAGGCUGUACACUGGAGUGCAGACAUGCCUCCCUGGUUUUGUGGGUAACCCAUGGUUUCUCUUGUCUGCAGCUUGGUUAUCUUGACAGAUUCCUUCAGUAAGAGGUGACUCCUGAAGCUCUGCAAAACGAGUGUGGUGUGUGAUUUCAAGGCGCGAUGGCUGCAAAAGUCGUUCCAAUGCCCCUAAAGCCAAAGCGGUCCUUUAUACUGAGAGUUCCUCCGGACUCCAAGCUGGGCCAAGACCUACUUCGAGAUGCUACUAGUGGGCCCAAGACCAUCCACCAGCUAGUUCUGGAACACUUCCUCACCUUCUUGCCCAAGCCAAGCGUGGUCCAGCCCAAUCAGAAAGUCAAGGAGACUUUGGUUAUUAUGAAGGAUGUGAGCUCAAACUUUCAGAACAGACUGCAACCUCAUCCCAUAGUGAAGCUUCUACCCAGAGAAGGAGUCCAGCAGAAACAGGACACAUUGUCUCUGUAUCAGAAAACUGAGCCUGAGGAACUGGUGGUCUUUGAGGAUUUGAAUGUAUUUCACUCCCAAGAGGAAUGUGUGAGCCUAGAUGCUACUCAGCAACCCACCUCAGAGAAGGAAGACAGUGUUGGCGAGAUGAUGUUACUGGUCCAUGACAUUAAUUCUGAGACUGAAGAUCUUCAGAAGGAACCCGUAGAGAGUGAAGAUCAUAGAGAUAAGACUUCAGAUUAUGAUGGAGUAGAUUGUUCUAUGGUAUCUGAGCAAUCUCCAUAUUGCCAUAAAGACAGACUAAAUGCAUCCACUCCAAAACAAAUCAAAGUGAAAAAUCUUCUAGUUACCAUUGAAAAUGAUACUCCCCUAGAGGAACUCUCAAAGUAUGUGGAUAUCAACGUGAUUGCACUUACCCGAAAUCGGAGAACGAGAAGAUGGUACACUUGUCCACUGUGUGGGAAACAGUUUAAUGAAAGUUCUUACCUUAUUUCCCACCAGAGGACUCACACUGGUGAAAAACCCUACGACUGUAGUCACUGUGGGAAAAGCUUCAAUCAUAAAACAAACCUUAAUAAACAUGAGCGAAUCCAUACAGGAGAGAAACCUUAUUCAUGUUCUCAGUGUGGGAAAAACUUUCGUCAAAACUCUCAUCGGAGUCGCCAUGAAGGAAUCCAUAUAAGGGAGAAGAUAUUUAAGUGUCCAGAAUGUGGGAAAAUCUUCCCAGAAAAUAAAGACUUUGUGCUUCAUCUGCAGAGCCAUGAGGCUGAGAGGCCAUAUAGUUGCAAAAAAUGUGGGAAAAGAUUUGGUCGGCUCUCCAACUGUACCCGGCAUGAAAAAACCCAUUCGGCGUGUAAGACCCGAAAGCAGAAAUGGGAUCAGGAAAGAUCUGAUGGUCCUGCCUCAACCUGAAAUGUUUCAUAAGGAAUUCUGAAUUCCCAGGCUUCUGGAAAGAUACAGAUAUGUGAAAACCUCAUUAGAGUCAAAAUUGGGUAAAUACCCAUCUUGGCUGAAACCUCAAAUUUUUAGAAAAUUUCACAGGGAAGAAAAAAUCCUCAAGGGCUAUACCUCAGUCAGUAUCCACACUUUCUGGAUUAAGGAGCUUUCUUUUGUGAACUUCUGCAACAAUGUAUAGGCCACAGAUCCCUUUCCCAAAAAAGGCUUUGAAUAGGAGUCUGGAGGCCACUUUCCUGCAAAGAGAACAGAGUGACGCAUGUAUACAGAAAGUGUAUCCAUUUUUCCCCCCACAUAGGAAUUCACACUUGGGGGGGGGUGGGGGGGAAUAAUGCAAAGGUCCUUACCUGGAACUGUGUUCCCCUGAGAGAACCAAACUACUGAUUUGUUAAACCAACAGCUUCUCUCAGCAAUUCACGUAACCUUCAGAGAACACCCUGUUAAAGCUUGAGUGUUGAAAAGGAUUGUUUACUUGGGGAUAUAGGAAAAUACAGCAAGUGAAUGUCAAAGACUUCCUCUGUUACUUGUAUGUCACCGAAACUAACCAUCGAUCUCAUUAGGAUUUGCAUUUUGUAGUGACUUUUACAGGAAUACUUUUCACAACAUACUUUUAAAGUCUCUAUUGCGCUUACUGUAUUUUUGUCCAGCUCUUCAUUGCUCAGAUAGCUCUCAUGCCUUUCUAUUGCCAAAAGAAGUCUAGAUUGCUCAGGCCUAGCCACCCAGCCCUACUACUGGUAAAGCUCUUCAGAAUCUUGUCCCUCUGCUGAACCAAGAAGAAAGCCUGCUAGGAAGGAAAUCCAAGAGCUGGAAGAGGAAGAGGGAGACAUUGGCUUGGACCCAUGACUGGCCAAUAACCUUACCAUGUGGUUACUUCCUCUCCAAGCUCUCCUCAGAACCUUGGUGAUGGGUGGUCACUACCUCACAAGCAAAGUGUUUUAUUUUUAGCAGUCUCCAGUGGCUAGUUCACAUUGUUCCUCAAUAGACAGGAUUCCAGUGUCUUCAUUGUAGUAGAUACUUGUUCUCUUUGGGCUCCUGAUACCCAGAUUUUCCUGACUUGUCCGCCCAGAGGCCAGGCCAGCGGUGCCUUCACGGGACCGAUCCUGUGGUGUUAUUUUAAACAUUCUUGAUCAGUUUUGCUUUAUUUUAGUUUCCUAAAAUUUUACCUUGGUAUUUUGACUGAAAUAGGUUAAUCCUAUAAACUAUUUGGGAAAACUUGUUAGCUUUACAAAUUUUGUUUCCCAUGCCUUUACUAAAGUAUUGUAUUCUUGAGUAAAUUUUUAUAAUUUUCUUAAUGUAAGUUGUAUAUGAUUUUGUUAUUGCAAAUAGUUUUUUUUUCCACUGUAUUUUUCUAGUUGACUAUUGCUCUUACAUAGGAAAGUUCUUUUUAAUUGCAUAUUUGUGAAACUAGCCACCUCACUGAAUGUUGUUAAUUUUCAGUCAUUUCUCAGUUCUGUUACAAUUUGUGGUUCAAAAUUAUACCAUCUACAAAUAAUAGUUUUGUUUCUUCUUUCUG